AUGCGGCAACAGAAAGAUCGAGCUUAUGGAGAUCUUCUUUCCCGAUUGAGAGUUGGUGCAAUCACGGCUGAAGACAUGAAUUUAUUGGAAACUCGAAAAUUCGAUAUAAAAUCACCGAAUACAGUAAAUCGAGUUUGUCUCCUUCCUUCGUACAUGAAAAAUUUGCCUCCAGAUAUCGUGUGUUUACUGGCAAUCCGUAAACAAUGUGAAUGCUUGAAUACUAUCAUGUUGGAAGAGCUUCCCACUGAUAAAAUAGUACUUAUGGCUGAAGACUCAAUUGAAGGUCGUAAUCCCAGACUAAAAGCGGCGGCUAAGAGAAUCCUCGCCAAGGCGGAAGAAGAUGACCGGUCGUCUACUGGCUUGGCAAAAAUCAUAACCAUUAAAAUAUGGACAAAGUUUAUGAUAAUACGAAACAUUGAUGUUACCAUUGGUCUGGUGAAUAGAACGAUAGGAGUUAUAACUUCCGUCUCCAAAUGUAUUGACAAAGCAGUGGAGCAGGUCCAGUCGAUAACCAUACGUCUAUCAUCCGGACAGGAAUGUCAGAUUGAGCGUAUGGAUGUAAAGUUCGAGAUUAUGAAAGAAACUUACAUUACAAGACGCCAGGUUCCGAUUUCUCAGAGUUAUGGAAUUAAAAUUCAUAAGAGUCAGGGAUUGAGUUUACAUAAUGCUGUCAUGGAUGUGGGGUAG